AUGUCUUCUAACCAGGGAAUUUCUACGGCGUCUGCGCCAAUUCGGAGAGCGCAGGGCCCGUCUACAUCAAAUCGUGGAAGGAAAAGAGGAAAUGGCAACCAGAAUCAUCAUGCCACCACCAGCGGUAGCACUGGAAAUAGCAGUUCGGUGCAUCCAGAUUGGAAUCCUGUAACUGGCAGCUCAAAUAAAUGGGCUGGCAUUAACGGCAAUGAGAAAUCUAUGGGGACUGGCAAUGGGACAGAUGAUGAUGACUCAAGCAACGUGUGUCUGAUAUGUGCCGAAAAAUUGCAUAUCAUUGCCCUAUCACCGUGCAACCAUCCUACUUGUCACAAGUGUUGUUUAAGACAAAGAGCGUUGUACGAAAAGAAACAGUGUUUGUUCUGUAGAAGUGAAGUUGAGGAUAUCAUCUUCACGGAUAAGAUAAAAGAAACUUAUGAGCAUUUGGAUAAGAAGGCCAAAUUGGAAUUCAAGAACGAGAAAUUGGGGAUACGGUUUACCAGCAAAAAUGUUAUGAAUGAUGCUAUGAAUCUUUUGAAAUACGUCUCACCGUUUGGAGAUGCCAAUAAAGAUUUUGGAUCGUUUAAGAAGUUGAACGAAUUCUUGAGACAAGAACAUAAUAAGACAAUAUGUAUGAUUUGUGCUGGGCAUAAAAAAGCGUUCCCCGGCGAGUUAAAAGUUAUGACUGUUAAGCAAUUAAAGAUACACGAAAGUCGUGGCGACCCUAAGGAUGGAUUUAAAGGCCAUCCUAUGUGUGGAUUUUGCUCUGGUAAAAGGUUCUACUCUGACGAUGAGCUUUAUAAGCACAUGAAACUUUCCCAUGAAAGAUGUCAUAUCUGUGAUCAACUAGACCCAUCACAACCGCAAUAUUUCAAAAACUAUGAGGACUUAUUCGAACAUUUCAAAUCAGCCCAUUACGUAUGCACGGUACCGUCCUGCCUCGAUGCCAAAUUUGUCGUCUUCAGUGAUGAGUUGGACUUAAGAGCACAUAUCAUCAAAGAACAUCCUCAUCUUGCAGGUGAUAGCAGAAGAGCUAUGACGUUGAUAGAUAAUACCUCAAAGAAGUUCAGAUCACAAAUUACUACGUUCUCCAAUCCAACAAGAAUUAUAGAUGCACAGAAUGAGGAAUCAAAUUCUGCAAACUCAAGAGAUGUCAAAAGGAGGAGAAUGGAACAAAGAGCAAGACAUUACCUUGGGAACUCUGAACCAGACUUCCAGUCCUUCUUAAUCAUCAAUGACCUAUUUAACAAAAACGAAAUUUCUGCUCAAGAGCUUCAAUCCAAAUAUGAAGACUUGUUUAAGCAACACGCGGAUGAUAUACAAUUACUAAUUUACGAUUUAUCGGAGUUAUAUCAUUCAACUUCGGAUAAACACAAAAGAUUGCGUGCUAUAUACGAAGGCAUUAUGAAGAAGAAAGAGAAUGCAGGGAAAUUCAAACCUCUCGUCGCCGAUUCAUCAUCUUCGGUUAACGUAGUUUAUGGUAAAUGGGGUAAAAAGAGUUCUUCUGGUGUUGGCGGGUCGAACGUGAAGUUCACGUCUCUACCAGCUGUAUCCGAACCUAUAUUCUCCUCCAAAGCCUCGUAUACUAAUUUGCGGAAAAAUGGCUCUUCUUCACCGUCCUCUCCAGUUAUUAGGAGCGGUUUGACUUCCAAUUCAUCGUCAUCAACUUCUUUAAACUAUGCGAAGAAGAAUCAAUCACCGCCAGGUUCUUCAACCGUUGUAGUGAAUUCACAACCGAAUGUGACAGCUAUCAAAUCACCUAAUCCAACCAGCUUCCCCAAGUUACAAGCUACUAAGAAAAAAUUUGUUGCACCUCCAGUGAAACAGACUACCAUACCAAACCCAUCCACUUGGGGUAAGCCUCAAAACGACAACGAUUCUAUCAACUUGGAUUCGUUAGACAAUGCAUUACCAGCUAGUGGUAGUAAGAAAAAGAGCAAACAAAAACAACUACUGUUCCAUAUUGGCAUAUAG